AUGACCAUGCGGAGACACAGGCAGAGCCUGGGGUACAGCAAGGAAGAUCUCAACAGGCUUAACAAGGCCAUCCAGCGGCUGACUGUGGAUGUGAACAGAGCUGAGAGUCAGCCAUGCGAACUAGAGGGAGCUCUGCAGGAGGAGGGUGCCUCGGGCAGUGUCAAGGGCAAGCUGGCCUGGAUGGAGGCUGCCCUGCAAAGGGCCAGGCAGGCUAUGGUGUGGCAGCUGCAGGAGUACCAGGAGCUCAUGGUCGUCAAGCUGGGCCUGGAGUUUGAGAUCGCCACCUACCACAAGCUGCUGGAGGGUGAGAAGAGAAGGGUCGGCCUGAGAGGGGAAGCAGAGAGCCUCAGAGCAGGCUCUGACGCCCCAGAGAUGAGCACUCCUGGCUGCAGCGGCCUGCUCUGCGGCUCCUCUGGCUGUGUUGGGGAAUUCGGCUGCAGAGACUUCCCCGGAUGUUGA